AUAAAGAUACUGCAUUUCCUCGCAGCAGGAGCUCGGUUCAAGAGACAUCUCCGUGGAGUCACUGAAUCUCGCGACUGCACAGGAAGUGAGAAAAGGGUGCGCACUACAAGUCCCAGAAGUCCCCGCGAAGCCGCGCAACGCCGGUCCGAGUGGCCAAGAUGUCGCAGCCCAAGAAAAGAAAGCUGGAGCCGGGGGUCGACGGUGAAGGAGGGGAGGGGGCCCAAGAGGAAAAUGGCGGAGAGCAGGAGACUGUGCUCCCGCGAUCCCGGAAAACUAAAAAGGAGCGGGAUCAGCAAUAUUAUGAGUGCUACUCGGACGUGUCGGUUCACGAGGAGAUGAUCGCGGAUCGCGUCCGCACAGAUGCCUACCGCCUGGCAAUUCUGCGGAACUGGUCCGCGCUGCGGGGCAAGACAGUGCUGGACGUGGGCGCGGGCACCGGCAUUCUUAGCAUCUUUUGUGCCCAGGCAGGGGCCCGGCGCGUUUACGCGGUGGAGGCCAGCGCCAUCUGGCAACAGGCCCGGGAGGUGGUGCGACUCAAUGGGCUGGAGGACCGGGUGCAAGUCCUGCACGGGCCGGUGGAGACUGUGGAGUUACCGGAGCAGGUGGACGUCAUCGUGAGUGAAUGGAUGGGCUACGGACUCCUGCACGAGUCAAUGCUGAGUUCUGUGCUGCAGGCGCGGACCAAGUGGCUGAAGGAGGGCGGUCUCCUCCUGCCCGCUUCAGCCGAUCUCUUCGUGGCGCCUAUCAGCGACCAGAUGCUGGAGCUGCGCCUGGGCUUCUGGAGUCAGGUGAAGCAGAACUACGGUGUGGACAUGAGCUGCCUGGAAGGUUUCGCCACUCGCUGCCUCAUGGGUCGCUCGGAAAUCGUAGUGGAGAGCUUAUCCGGAGAAGACAUACUGGCCCGGCCGCAGCGUUUUGCUCAGCUCGAUCUGGCCCGCGCUGGCCUGGAGCAGGAGCUGGAGGCUGGGGUCGGGGGGCGCUUCCGCUUCAGCUGCUAUGGCUCCGCGCCCAUGCAUGGCUUUGCCAUCUGGUUCCAGGUGACUUUUCCCGGAGGGGACUCUGAAAAACCCCUGGUGCUGUCCACCUCGCCUUUUCACCCGGUCACGCACUGGAAGCAGGCUCUCCUCUACCUGAACGAGCCUGUGCAUGUGGAACAAGAUACUGACAUUUCUGGAGAGAUCACGCUGCUGCCCUCUCAGGUCGACCACCGUCACCUGCGCAUCCAGCUGCGCUACAAAGUGGGCGAUCAGGAGGAGAAGACCAAAGACUUUGCCAUGGAGGAGUACUUAACAGUAUCAGCAUAGCAGUACAUGAUGAGCAAUGUAUGACACCGGAUACCACAAGAUCAAAGCCCAAGGACUUUGAAGUGAAACACUGCCAAAAGAAUGAAAGUGUGAUAUCUGCCAGUAUCUAAGCACCAUCCAUUCACUGUAUGCAGUGGUACUAAAUGAUUACGUAUAUUUGGGUCAUGGGAAAGAACUAUCAGCCCUGAUGAGAAAAAAUAUUGUGGAGUUCGACUUGCUUUCUCUUAUACAGCCAAUGUUUAUUUAGCACUGAAAAUUUCCAAAUAUUUGUAUUAAUUCAUGGGAUCAGUGGAGUUGGAUUUUUUGUUUGUUUUGGUUUGGUUUUGAUAUCCAGUGUAACAAUGAUGAUAAGCACUUCUUCUUCUAGCGUUUGCCCUUCUUCCGUAGCCAGUCAACAGCGUCAGGUAGAGCUGCUUGUUGCUGGCUUUGAAAGUGACUGGGAUCCAUGUGGAUUCAGUCGGCUAGGAAGGAUCUUCAGUUUCCCCAAUGAAUGGGUACUCACGGGAUGCACCACGAGAAGGUCGAUCCAAUGCAUCCCCUGAUAAGCACUUAGGAUACAAAUCAAUAAAAUUGUUUCAAUCUCCAGAUCGUGUAUUUCAUGGAAUAAAUUGAAAAGUAAAUAAUUGACAGUGGGCUAAGACAACAUAUAUAUGAGUAUUUGGGAGGGUAGAUUUUUUUUUUUCUUUUUACAUGCUAGGAAAGAUUUGUACACAUAUGAAGGAUUCCCCUGUUAUUAUGUAGCUAAUUCUUGACAAUUGAACACAAAUAUUUCAGUUCCUACCUACAAAUCAAAAUUCACUUUUUCAUUGCAUUAGAACAUGUUCUAAUUAGAAAAAAUAUAUAUAUGUACACAUAUACACAUACCUCUGAUUUCUCAUUUGAGUGACAACAGUUUUAUCUUUUGAUGAAGGAAAGAAGUCCCUGGGUUAUAGAGGUCUGAUUGAAGAGCAUAUCAUAGAUCUCUAAGAAUCACGAUCAAUACAUAGGAUCUUGAGAUUGAGAAAUGAUAGGCAUACACUGAAACACUAUCCAUUUUUCCAGUAGAGCUAAUCAAAAGUCCAAUUCAACCUUAAGUCUGCUGAAACAGGCAUCCUUAAUAUUUUCCCCAAUUACAAAAAUAAUUCUCAUUAUCACAUAGAUUAUGAGAGCUCCAGAGAAAAAACCUGAUAUUCCUGAGUCUUCACUUUCUGAGUAACUUGUUUAUUUUACACAGUGGGCCUGUUAUAUUACUAGAUAAUUCAUAUUGACUACUAAGUGCUGGUUAGUAAACUCAUGGAUUACUUGUGUCGUACUUUACUGUUUUAUCUCACUCAAUUUGCAUACCUCAACUCUGCUUCUUGAUCCUGCUCAAUAAAUAUUAUGUGUGUUCUCUAGAAA